GGGUUUUGAGUCGGCUUUAGGCUGGAUUUUUUCCCUGGGACCUGGCAACCCGAUACUGAGCAUGACUUCCUGCUUGAAAAAGUGAAACUAAAACGCAGCGUGUUUACAUUCAAAAAGUGUUAAAUGUGUUUUGCGUGACAUGUGAUAUUGGACCAAACAAAAAAGCGCUUCAACUUGUACUUCUCUUUUGAAAAUAACGCAUACCAUUUUUUCUUCAACAAACUUAUUGGCGGUUUACUAUAUGUUGCUCUUGGCUCGUUUUGAGCCCACUUGAUAUCGUUUGGAUUUCCCUGACAACUGAACGACGCCGUCGGCAGAGACAGAGAUGAGCCUGCCACAGAUAAUCACUCGAGUGAGACUACACCUGUCAAAUUCAGAUUCAAGCAAACUUCACAGCAAGACUGUGAAACAUAAAUAUGAAGAUGUGAAUGGUGUUGCCAGCGAGUCACUUCAAGAGGCUGAAGAUAUUUACAGGAAGAGUGUAAUUAGGCAAACAACAUGUAAUGGAACUAGGGAUCUAAGACAGGAGGAGAGACCAGCUCAAAGGGACUCCUUAGAAGUUGAACCAGUUAAGGUUGAUGACAUUGUUAUGGAUUACAUUGAAUUAAUUAAAUCUAAGGAACUUGACAUAAUUAAAAAAAGGAAUGCAGUUAUCAUAAAGCAAGACAAUGGAUUUGUGACCUUUUUGUCUAAGUCUGGUAAGAGCGUUCAUGCUCAGUUUGCACGAGAACAGUUUAUAACAUUAUAUCAAAAGAUUGCAACAGGGCUGCAAACUCGGGCAUAUUAUAACAGUCCAGGAAUUACUGCGCUUUGCCAAGCAAAAUUUCCAGAACUGGUAAUAACUCAUAAAGAUGAAAGGCGAUUUCAACUGAUUGGGAGUACGCGGAGAGAUUCACAGUACCAAACCCCAAAUAAAACAAAAGUCUAUGAAACACCUUACAAGCAAAAUGUGGAACAACAGAAAUCAAUACACCAAGCCAAAGAUGAAGCAUGUCCAAUUUGUUUGGAACCACUCAAGACAUCUGAAUGCAUAGUCUUGCCUAAAUGUAAGCACAGAUUUUGUAAAGACUGUUUGAAAAGAGCAUUCCAGUUGAAACCAACUUGUCCGAUAUGCGGAGAGAUAUACGGCAGUCUUACAGGGACGCAACCAAAAGGAGGAUCCAUGACUGUCUCAUGGGACAGCUCCUCUCUACCUGGAUAUGCAAAAUAUGGAACAAUCUUAAUUAGCUACCAUAUACCAAGUGGACGUCAGGGGGAUGAACACCCAAACCCAGGCAUGCCGUACCAGGGUGCGUCCCGCAUAGCUUACCUCCCUGACUCAACAGAGGGGAAGAAGGUACUGAAGCUUCUGCAGAGGGCAUUCGACCAGCGACUCACUUUCACUAUUGGACGCUCAUCUACCACUGGACAGAACAAUGUGGUGACCUGGAAUGACAUUCACCAUAAGACGUCUCGUGUUGGAGGGCCAACUUGUUAUGGUUACCCAGAUCCAGACUACCUCAAACGAGUACAAGACGAACUGAAAGCAAAAGGAAUUUACUGAUUAUACAGACUGAACCUUGUAAUCAGUUCAGACACUAUUAUCACAACCAGCAGUCAUAUUAAAAACAAGAACAAGAAUAAAGUAAUACUGCAAUCUUGUGAUCACUAAUCAAAGUAUGGCACUUAUUUUUUUUUUUUGUUUACAGGCAUUCUUAAUUUUGUUUUUCUUAAUGUUUUGAAUGUAUGAAUAAGACAGUUAAUAUGUCAUGUAUGCAGUAAAAGAUGUUUGUGCUUUUAACUGUAAACCUUAGUUUCAUGUCAGUGUGAUAGAGGAUCACAUCUACAGAAAUCAGUUUUGUUUUAAUCACCAUUGCUAUAUCAUAUUGUAAUUAGGUUUUCUAUAUUAUAUUGUGUUUUGAGAUUUCCUAAUAGAACAUGCGGUAAUAUGUGUCAUGCAGUGUAUAUGAAGUUACAAUAGAGACUCAGCAACAAAAAGGAACAAAUAUAAGUGUCAUUGAUGUUAAAAUUAAAUGAACUAUUCCGAGAGACAUAGACAAUCCUUUCACCGUCACCAGAGGUGAAACAACCAGUAAUCAUGAGAAACUUUAAUCAAACCAAGAACAAGUCAUUUUAGUUACACUAAACUAUUCCUAUUGGGAUCAGGCUUUUAAUAUUACCGGAAUUUUACCUGGAUCAUUUAUUGUUUACAUUUGUUCAGAUUUUGAUGGGUUUUAGUGUUUUUUAAAUGGAUAUAUAUUUAUAUGUGUGUGUGUGUGUGUGUGUGU